AUGUCCAUGGCCAACCCUUCAAGUUCCCAGUCCGUGUCCACACAAGACCACCUCAUCUCCGCAACCAACGCCUUCUUCCUCGCCCUCGCAUCCAACACCUGUUCCCUCACCCUCCUAACCCAUUUCUCCACAACUCACCCCGUAACAAUCCAACACGCCCCAGCCCUCUGCCCCCACCCGCAAACAUCCCGCCUCUCAGGACUAAACGCCGUCCGUUCCUACUUUGACCUCCUCGCCACAAACUGGACCCGCUCAAAAAUGGCCAUACGCACAAACCCACGCGCGGACGCGAAAGCGCGCCGCGUCGUUGUCGGCGCCAGUGUCACUUGGAUGUGGCGCAGGAGCGGCCGCGAGUGGGAUGAAGAUUUUACUUGUACACUGGAGUUUGAUGAGAAUUAUAAGAUCUCCAGCCUCGUCGUGAAGACUGACUCGCCUCCGGAAACGUGUGUUAUGAGAGCUGUAGACUCGGCCGUAAAAUGA